CCACCUCGUCCCCUCAGGAAAACAAUGGCGAUCUCGGUGUCCAAGAAGAAUACCAGAGCGACCAAGAAGGUGGAAGAGAGACGAGACUCUUGCUGUGGCUUCUUCAACAGCCUCUUGUGCAGAGUCAUUUUCAGAGUCCCUGCUGUGAUUCUCCUCUUCGUCCUCAUCUUCUUGUGGUCCUCCUCGGCCACUAUCAUAUCGGGAAACAUGGUCCACGUCUGCGUUUCAUCGCGCAAGCUCAACAACCUCUACUGCCUCUCUGCAGGUGCACAGCCCAAUUUCGAAAUUUCCCUUCCCGUGGUCAGGAAUUCCUCUACUUCCACGGAAGCUAUGCCUGGCGCCAUCAAUAGAGAAACAAAAGAGACUGUACAGCCUGUUGCGGUUGUCAAGAACGCCUUUGAUGAUGCACGAGAUGAUGAGGUUGCGAUUGCCAUGAAGUCAGUCGAGGAGCAGCUGGAAAUGCAGCGGUCAUGGAUCUCGCACUCGAACAAUCAGAAUUGUGACGAAAGGGGGAUAUUCGUGUACGACUUGCCUCCAAAGUUUAACAAGGACCUCAUAUCUCAGUGCAACGACAUGAUUCCUUGGACUGAUUUCUGCAGAUACUUCACGAACGAUGCCAUGGGCGAGCCAAUACCGAAGCUCGGCAAAAACUGGUACCAGACCCAUCAGUAUUCUCUGGAGCCAAUUUUUCACUCCAGGGUUCUGAAACAUCCUUGCAGGGUCUACAAUGAGAACGAGGCAAAACUGUUCUAUGUGCCAUUCUAUGGUGGCUUGGACAUCCUGAGAUGGCACUUCAAGAAUGCGACAGAUGACGUGAAGGACGCAUUGGCAUUGGAGCUCAUGAAAUGGCUUCAGCAACAGCGGCCAUGGCUCAAAAACUCUGGCAAAGAUCAUGUUUUUGUGCUGGGCAAGAUCUCAUGGGAUUUCAGGAGAUAUAGAGGCUCCAAAUGGGGGAAUCAGUUCCUGGAGCUUGAUCAAAUGCAGAACCCGAUCAAGAUCCUGAUUGAACGCCAACCUUGGCAUCCAUACGACGUCGGUGUCCCCCAUCCCACCAGCUUCCAUCCGCACUCGGAUGACGACAUCGUCUCCUGGCAGCAGAGGAUCAUCGGUUCGCGCCGCAAGCACCUCACGAGCUUCGCCGGGGCCACAAGGCCUGAAUUGCCCGACAACAUAAGAACGUUGCUGAUCGACCAGUGCAAUUCAGCCGGCGAAGGGAAGUGCCACUUCCUGGACUGCCGCUCUGGCCAGUGCGCUGGCCCCGAGACCGUCAUCGAGCUCUUCACAGAGUCUGAAUUCUGCCUGCAGCCUCCCGGGGACAGCCCGACGAGGAAGUCGCUAUUCGACUCCCUUGUGGCAGGCUGCAUACCGGUGCUGUUCGACCCUUUCACGGCGUACUACCAAUACCCGUGGCACUUGCCGGAGGACCGCAGCAAGUUCUCGGUGUUCGUGGACCAGGAGGAGGUGAGGCAGAGGAAGGUGAAUGUGGUGGAGAGGCUAAUGAAGGUGCCCGUGCAGGAGAGGGAGGACAUAAGGAGCUACAUCGUGUACGAACUCUUGCCAGGUCUGGUCUACGGCGAUUCGGAUUCGAAGUUUAGCAAGUUUCAGGAUGCUUUCACCAUAACGAUGAACAAUCUGCUGGAGAGAAUGACAAGACUAUAGCUGACUCCAUUAACACGUUACAAAGCGAUUUUUUCUUCUUCUUUUUUGUAUCAUUUUGUGGUUUUGGGUUAUUCAUUAAGCUUUUUGUUUAUUUGUCUGUACAAGAUAAAGAUCCUGCAAAUGCAA